AUGGGAAGCGGUGCAUCAGCACCCCAGCUUGGGGAAGUCAAGGGCAUCCCCACCAACGCCAAAGGCGAGACAAAGAAGAAGUUCUCCGCUGCUUGCGAGGUGCAUGGAAAGAUCGUCAUGGCGCCCUACAAUGCAAAGCAGAUGUGCGUCUAUGACGCAGCAACGGAAGAGGUCACAAGCGUUCAGGUUUCGGAGGCGCUGGGAGACGCAACUGGCACAUCUGGGAAGUUCCACUCCAUCUGCAAAGCAGAUGGGAGGGUCUAUCUCGCACCCUGGAGCGCUGCUCAGAAGAUGCUCGAAUAUGAUGUGGCCACUGGCCGAAGCACUGCUAUCGAUAUCUCAGAGGCAGCUGACCCUACGGAGCCCAAAAAGUUUAGCUCCGUCUGCGAGGCAUGCGGAAAGAUUUAUCUUGCUCCCUUCAAUGCUGGGAAGAUGCUUGAGUAUGACCCGUGCACCCGCACAUGCACUGGCAUUGACGUGUCAGCUGCUGUUGGAUCUGCUGAGACAAGCAAGUUCUACUCCAUGUGCGCGGCUGAUGGCAUGGUGUACCUUGCUCCGCACGACGCUGAAAAAAUGUACGUCUACGACGCACGUGCUGGGACGGGCAAAGCUGUUGAUAUUUCCGCUGCGGUCGACUCGAGCAUGCCUUCCAAGUUCCGUGAUAUCGGAGCCGCUGCGGGUAAGAUCUACCUGGUACCUCGGAAUGCACCGGAAAUGUUCAUCUACGACCCCAGCACCGGUUCUGGGACCGGUGUCGAUGUCUCCGCCGCAGCGAGCCCUGGCCUACAGGGCAAGUUUCGCUCAUUCUGCGCAGUGGGCGAUAGGAUCUAUCUAGCACCGGGUUGCGCUCCGCAGAUGUUUGUAUACGACGCGGCGACGUGCAGGGGGAUGGCGGUUGACAUCUCCGAUGCGGCAAUCCCGUCGGCAAGCGCUAAGUUUCGGGCGAUGUGCGUAAGCGGAGGGAAGAUAUACUUAGCCCCACACAACGCAGGGAAGAUGUUUUUCUAUGACCCUGUUUUUUGCAUGGGAUCUGGCAUCGACAUCUCUGGCGCCACGGAUCCUAACCAAGAUGAGAAAUUCGAAUCUAUGUGUGCAUUCGAUGGGAGGAUCUUUCUCAUUCCCGCGGCUGCGGAGAAACUGGUUGUCUGCAAAGAUUUUGUCGCCGAUCACCGGUUUGCUCCCGAGGGUGCAAGAAUGAUUUUGGACCAGUAUCAGAUACAGCUGGAAUUGUUUCAACAGACAUGGACCCCCAGACUUGCAGCUGCCCGUGAGGUCUUGAAACAGGAGUCCGAAAAAGCUGGGAUUUCCGCCGCGUACCUCCUGGAACCCUUCCUUCCCUACGUCGCUGAGACGGCCCCGAGAGGUCUUGGCUUUGGUGAUGCUGCGCCCUCAACGAGUUUCGUGGACAUUUCCGUGGUCAUGUUUGACAGAGAGACCGGGCUAGGUGCCAAGAUCACUUGUCCCAGAGACCAUGGGCAAGGUUGCGCUGGCGUGGAUGCUGUGGAUCAGACGUACCGGCGAAGGGCCACCCACUUUGUGUCGUGGUGCUGGCGAUACACCCCGCAGCAUGUAAUUGGAGCCCUCAGAAAUUGGUGCCGACAGUCGGACGCCAAAGCUGCCAACGUUUUUCUGUGGAUGUGCUUCUUUUGCAACAAUCAGUACAGAAUUGCUGCGGCCACAAGUACUGCGCAGCUCAAGACGGUUUUCGAGUCCAACCUAUCUUCCAUUGGGAAGAUGAUCAUCCUCUUGGAUGACUAUCUCAGCCCCGUUUACAUCAGCCGUCUAUGGUGCAUUUUUGAGACCUACGUCUCCGUCGAGCAGAGCAUUGAACCCGACGUCGUGCUCCCGGAUUGCGCUGCCAGCAAACUGACGGAUGAGCUCCGCCAGGAGGAUAAUGUCCUGGUAAUGUUGAAGAACAACUUCCAGAGCAUCAAUGUGGCCAAUGCAAGAGCUACAGUGCCUAGUGAUGAAGAGGUGAUCAAGACUCUGAUCAAUGAGAGCUUGGGAGGUUUUGAGAAGGUCAACACCACGGUCAAGAAGCGUCUGUUGCCACACUUGACCCAGGUCGUCAAAGGUUUCCUGGAUUCAUAUUUACUGGGUGAUGAGUAG